AUGUCCGUCCUGAUAGAAACCACGGUUGGGGAUCUUGUCAUUGACCUGCUUACAGAAGAGGCACCCCAAGCUUGUGAGAAUUUUCUCAAGCUUUGUAAACUCAAAUACUAUAAUUUUGCUCCCUUUUACAACAUUCAACAAAAUUACACAUGCCAAACGGGUGAUCGAUUUUUCCCUGCUGAAUUUCACAGUAAUCUCAGCCACAACAAGGCUGGAACUGUUAGCAUGAGCACAGCUUCUAUUCCCGUUCACCAUGAAGAAUCACUUGUCUGUGGAAGCCAAUUUCUCAUCACAUUCACAGACCAUCUGGAAAGCUUGGACGGCCGAUAUCCUAUUUUUGGUCGAGUGGCAGAAGGUUUUGAUACUUUACAAAAAAUAAAUGACGCUAUUUGCGAUGAUGAGGGUCAACCCUUUCGAGAUAUUCGCAUCAAGCAUACCAUUAUAUUGGACGAUCCUUUUCCUGAUCCUCCUCGAUUCAUUGACCCGCCUAGGUCGCCUUCUCCAACGCCUGAACAACUCGCUACCGUUAGAAUUGGAGAAGAGGAACGCCUUAUUUCUGAUGAUGAUGACGAAAACAAGUUUGAACGAGAACAAGAACAAGAGGCAGAGGCAGAAGCAGUUACUUUAGAAAUGGUAGGCGAUUUGCCAUUUGCUCAUGUUGCUCCUCCUGAAAAUGUAUUGUUUGUUUGUAAAUUGAACCCCGUUACUCAAGACGAGGACUUGGAACUUAUUUUCUCCCGGUUUGGCAAGAUCAAUUCUUGCCAAAUUAUUCGCGAUAAGGAAACCGGAAAUAGCCUUCAAUAUGCUUUUAUAGAGUUCGAUAACAAAGAAAGUGUCGAAAAGGCUUAUUUCAAGAUGCAAAACGUUUUAAUCGAUGAUGCUCGCAUUCAUGUUGACUUUUCUCAAAGUGUCUCUCGAUAUAGACAGCAACUCAAACGGUCUCAAUCCCGUUCUCGCUCAAGCUCUCCAGCUUAUAGAUCAAGAGAAAAAUUCGAUCCAUAUCCUCGUCAUUCUCGUGAGCGAUCCGAAUAUCAACCACGUCGCUCUUCAAGGCCUUCCGAAGAGGGUCGAGAGUACAGAAGAAGAACAAAAGAUGAAGAUUCGUAUCAUGUACCUCACAGGCAUCGCUCUAAAUACGACGAUGAUCGUUACUAUCGCCGAGGAAGUCGUUAUGACGAUGACAGACGAUCUUCCUACCGUUCUCGAGAUGAUUCGUAUAGGCACCGAAGUUACAGAGAACGUGAUCCUCCUAGAAGACACUAUCAUUAA